AUGCAUAAUCUUAAUGUGGUAAAUUUGCAUACCAACAACCUCUCAGGAGAGUUCCCAAGAGUCUUUCAAAGCUGCCCCAACCUUAUUUUUGUUGAUCUUUCAUAUAACAUAUUCUCCGGAGACCUACCUGUCUGGAUGGGGGUGAAGUUACCGUACUUAGCAAUGUUACGUCUGCGGUACAAUAUGUUUUCUGGCCAGAUUCCCAUUGAAAUUGGAAAGAUUCGAGAGCUACAGUUUUUAGAUCUUGCACACAACAACUUCUCAGGAAGCAUGCCGAACUCAUUAGUUAACUUGAGUGCAAUGGCCCGCACUUCUGGACAUAGUGAUGUUCUUUAUUAUGCCUUCAGUAAUAAACAAGGGGCUCAUCUGUACAACUCAGUAUAUCUCUCUAUUUCUUUCGGGGAAACAUUAUCUGUUCUUACAAAAGGGCAACAACUUGUAUUUUUCUAUAUCUCAGACAUGGUGGUUCUUGAUUUGUCAUGUAACAGUUUAACCGGAGUGAUCCCUGAUAUUGGUGGUCUCAUUGGAUUAAGAAGUCUGAACUUGUCAUUGAACAGCUUAAGUGGUGCAAUCCCAGAAAAAAUUGGUGAGCUCAAGCAAUUGGAAUCUCUUGACCUGUCAAACAAUGAACUUUCAGGAGAGAUCCCUUCAAGCAUGACUGCUCUUACCUCUUUGAGCCAUAUGAACCUGUCAUACAACAAUCUUUCCGGAAAGAUACCAACUGGAAAUCAACUCCAGACUUUUGACGCAUCUGACUACAUUGGGAACAUUGGUUUAUGUGGUUACCCCUUGACGAACAACUGUACAGGAAAUAGUUCAAGUCGACCUACACAUGUAGAUCAUGGAGAUGGAUCGGAGGAUAUAUCCCUUUACCUUGGUUUGGCUGUUGGGUAUGUCCUUGGCCUUUGGGUGGUCUUUUGUGUGAUGCUGUUUAAAAAAAGAUGGAGAACUGUUUAUUUCAGAUUUAUCGAAGGGCUGCAGGACAGGAUUUAUUUGGCAGUGGUACUGAGAUGGGCCAAUCUGAAGAGGAAACUUGGUAAAACUUAA